AGCUGGAUAGAGACCAGUAAUGUUAGUUUCUCCUUAAACUUAAGUUUUGCGCAGACCAACUACAUCAGUUUUAGAUUACGUUUUACGAGGUAAAAGAAUUAACAGGUGAGGAACACAAGAACCUGCCAUUUGACUGUGCCCUGUUCAUGUGCUUACGAAGUGUUACGAAGUCUUUGCCGCUGGCCUUUCUUUGGCUACUUCUAAUUCUCAUAUACAUUAUAUAAAUAAUAAUCAAUUAGUAUUGCAGAAUACAGUAAAAUUAAAAGUAUUUGCGCAAAAAUGUUUUUAUCGUAUUUUUUUAAAAUAUAUUACAUGAUUUUUAUCAUUAGAUAUGUAGUUGUAUACGCUGGAUGACAUUUCCGAUUUUCCGUUGCAUUGAAGACUGCUACGGUGCGCCGCGACCUACUUCCUCAUAUGCGCUAAUCCGCGUCGUCUAAGCUGAAUGUAAACUCUACCACACAACCGCUGAAAUAUAAACAUACACAAUACUCUAUCGCGUCAUGGUAGUUUACAUAUAAAACCGUAAGGUAUUUAAAAAAUUACAUGUAGAUUUGGAUAAGAGUAUCUCAAUAAUCUCUAAAGAUCUCCAAAGAACGCAGCUUUCAAAAAAUAAUAAAUAAAUCAUAAAAUGUUUUUAGUUGAUAUUUAUUGCUAGAAGCUUUCAAUACUGAUAAAGUAAAUUAUGCUUCCAAGAAACCUUCCGCCAUGAUAAACCAGGUCACACCGUGUUCAGCUGUCAUCAUUGACGAGAUUAUCUAGUCCUGGAUUAGCUAUUAUAUAACAUCACAAUGUACACACAUACACACACACACACACACACAAACGAUCGCUUGGAUGAGCGUUAUCCAAAAAAAUACAAUCAGAUAGUUUACUGUGUCACGUGAUGAGAUCAAAUAUGGUGGCCUAUAAUGUCGGUGCACGUAUUUUAUCUAAUAGCGUUAAUCCCAGUUAAUCAGAAAUAUUUAACUUAAUCAAAUUUAAAUAAAUGUAAAGGUUCUUCAGAACACUGUCCCCUAAUCUAACCUGUAAUGUUAUAUGAAAUAUUUAAGUUCUUUGGGUUAAAUUCGAAGAAGUCCAGGUCUAUAACUAAUGUGAUAUGAAAUAUUUAGUUCGUUGGGUUAAAUUCGAAGAAGUCCAGGUCUUUAACUAAUGUGUUAUGAAAUAUUUAAGUUCGUUGGGUUAAAUUCGAAGAAGUCCAGGUCUAUAACUAAUGUGUUAUGAAAUAUUUAAGUUCUUUGGGUUAAAUUCGAAGAAGUCCAGGUCUAUAGCUAAUGUGUUAUGAAAUAUUUAGUUCGUUGGGUUAAAUUCGAAGAAGUCCAGGUCUAUAACUAGUGUGGUAUGAAAUAUUUAGUUCGUUGGGUUAAAUUCGAAGAAGUCCAGGUCUAUAACUAAUGUGUUAUGAAAUAUUUAAGUUCGUUGGGUUAAAUUCGAAGAAGUCCAGGUCUAUAACUAAUGUGUUAUGAAAUAUUUAGUUCGUUGGGUUAAAUUCGAAGAAGUCCAGGUCUAUAGCUAAUGUGAUAUGAAAUAUUUAGUUCGUUGGGUUAAAUUCGAAGAAGUCCAGGUCUAUAACUAAUGUGUUAUGAAAUAUUUAAGUUCGUUGGGUUAAAUUCGAAGAAGUCCAGGUCUAUAACUAAUGUGUUAUGAAAUAUUUAGUUCGUUGGGUUAAAUUCGAAGAAGUCAAGGUCUAUAACUAAUGUGAUAUGAAAUAUUUAGUUCGUUGGGUUAAAUUCGAAGAAGUCCAGGUCUAUAACUAAUGUGUUAUGAAAUAUUUAGUUCGUUGGGUUAAAUUCGAAGAAGUCCAGGUCUAUAGCUAAUGUGAUAUGAAAUAUUUAGUUCGUUGGGUUAAAUUCGAAGAAGUCCAGGUCUAUAACUAAUGUGUUAUGAAAUAUUUAAGUUCGUUGGGUUAAAUUCGAAGAAGUCCAGGUCUAUAACUAAUGUGUUAUGAAAUAUUUAGUUCGUUGGGUUAAAUUCGAAGAAGUCCAGGUCUAUAACUAAUGUGAUAUGAAAUAUUUAGUUCGUUGGGUUAAAUUCGAAGAAGUCCAGGUCUAUAACUAAUGUUAUAUGAAAUAUUUAGUUCGUUAUAUUCGAAGAAGUCCAGGUCUAUUACAAAUGUGAUAUUAAAUAUUUAAGUUCGUUGGGUUACAUUCGAAGAAGUCCAGGUCUAUAACUAAUGUGAUAAGAAAUAUUUAGUUCGUUGGGUUAAAUUCAAAGAAGUCCAGGUCUAUAACUAGUGUAAUUUGAAAUAUUUAAGUUCUUUGAGACAAAAUCGAAGAAGCCCAGCAACAGUUUGAAAAUUGUUUGUAAAAUAUAUAUAUAUAUAUAUAUUAAUUAAUAAUCAUAAUAAUUGUUGUGUUUUUCUUAAAAGGAGUACAAUCACUCUGGUUUUCUUUCAGUAGAGUACAAUCACUCUGGUUUGCUUUCAGUAGAGUACAGUCACUCUGGUUUUCUUUCAGUAGAGUACAGUCACUGCACUAACCAGUUUAAAAUUUUUUUUUUUUUUUUUUCCUUUUUGAGGUUAUAACCCAAGCCAGCACAUCAAAAGCUGAACCAUGGCUGAGAUACUACAAGCCAUGCGCACGUUCGCGCUGUUGCGUGAGUCGGACACCAACAUAGAGGAGGGUCAGCAGAAGGAGUUCUUGAGGGGAACAUUCAGCAUCAUGGAGUUUGAUGAGAACAGUAAAGACCAGCUGGACGCACUCAAAGUGAGUACAGAAUGUGACAUAGUUCAGGCACACGCUCGGUUAAAUCAUCGCCGUCAUCAUGGGGGUACACCAUUGUACGGUUCAGCUGGUAUUCUGGUUUAGCAUGAUACGAUUAAUUUUUUUUUUCUUUAACGCUGAGGAAAGUAAAGAGCUCCUUGCUGACAAGACCUUUCGAAAUUUGUUCUAUUUGUAUAUUAUUUAAAGAAAAUGAAGAACAACAAAAAGAAACAAAAAAAAAAAAAAAAAAAAAAAAAAAAAAAAAAAAAAAAAAAAAAAAAAACUUCACAAAUCUUGAAUCGGUAAAUCAAGGAUUCUGUUAAUCACUGAUUCGGUAAAUCAAGGAUUCGAUAAACAUUGAAAUGUUCGUAACUAUGCUCAAAUGGUUACAGAAGCUAGUCAAAUGUUAGCAACGCUUCUAGCACUAAUACCUAGCGCCUCAUGUAAAAACAAGUACAAGGGAAGAAGAGAAGAGAAACGCCUCACUCGAAUUUAACAGGAGAAUCGCAAUGACUGAUUUGCAACAAUUAAAAUACAUCAGAUUUUAGGCCUAUGGCUUGACUCAGCAUCAGAAGAUAGAUCAGAUUUUAGGCCUAUGGCUUGACUCAGCAUCAGAAGAUAGAUCAGAAUUUAGGCCUAUGGAAUGACUCAGCGUCAGCAGAUGGAUCAGAUUUUAGGCCUAUGGCUUGACUCAGCGUCAGAAGAUAGUUCAGAUUUUAGGCCUAUGGGUUGACUCAGCAUCAGAAGAUAGAUCAGAUUUUAGGCCUAUGGCUUGACUCAGCGUCAGAAGAUAGAUCAGAUUUUAGGCCUAUGGCUUGACUCAGCGUCAGAAGAUAGAUCAGAUUUUAGGCCUAUGGAAUGACUCAGCGUCAGAAGAUAGAUCAGAUUUUAGGCCUAUGGCUUGACUCAGCGUCAGAAGAUAGAUCAGAUUUUAGGCCUAUGGCUUGACUCAGCGUCAGAAGAUAGAUCAGAUUUUAGGCCUAUGGAAUGACUCAGCGUCAGAAGAUCUGUUUUGUUUCUUAAGGUGUUGUUGGUUUUUUUAAAUACAUUUUUUGUAUUGUAUCCUUAUGAUCACGUGACCAUGCCAUUGUGUCGGCAACUCUCAACACACAUGUUUAAAGUUACAUGUUUCUAGACACAAUUUUAUAGACCAAUGUUUAUAGACACAUGUUUGUACACAAAUAGUUUAUUUUUCUUAUUUCCACGACUAGUGUCUUUGACUUGUUUGAGAUUUCCAAAGAAAAAAAGAACAGCUCCAAGUAUUGACCAAAUAUUGAGCUUUUUUUUACCCAAUAGUUCUUCUGUUAUGGAUCUUCUAUAAAUAAAUGUAUUUGGUGGCAAAAAUCUAGCUCAAUCUAAAAAUGCUUGAGAUGGGGCCCGCUACAAUGGAAUAAUUCUUGUCUUAUUGUUCGGAUUUUAACAAAAUCCAGAAUCCUUUUUUGAAAUAGACAGAAGUCAAAUUGUAUUCCAAAAGUCGACACUGAUUCUCCGAUAAAAAAAAUUGGAAUUCAAAAUCUUUAAAUAGGCAACAGUUCAAUUGUAAACUGUACGAAGUUUGUGACUCCGUUAGGCAAAGUUCAUGAAGUUCAGAAAGGAGAUUGGAGGCCUCGACACUGACGAGUUCAUGGACGCCAUGAAACCUUUGAUCUCUAAAGGCAUCAGUCUCAACCAGAUUCUGACCACCUUCCACAAGAUGGACCCGUGCGACGAAGAGGCUCUAACGUGGAAUGAUUUUAUGAAUUUUGCCAUUGAGGUGAGCGUUUUCUUACCACUUCCCUUGGAGACGAGAGAGUGAGCGCAUCAAAUGAAUGGACGUUAUUCUUUACUUUAAGUGCAAAACUAUUUGAGAGAUGUGAGGUGAUGAGAGUCGGUGAGAGGUGUAUGAGGUAGUAAAAGUUAAUGAAAGUUGAUGAUAUGUGCUGAAAGGUGGCGAGUGUUAAUGUUAGGGGAUGAUAGGUGGCGAGAGUCGGUGAGAGGUGGUGAGAGUUAAUGAAAGGUGGUGAGAGGUUAUGAGAGGGGAUGAGAAGUAGACAGAUCUAAAGAAAAUUUUCAAUAAAGGCGAACUCUUUACAAUUUUAACAUCCCACAAAACAUCAUUUAAUUAUGUAAAUAUGUUUUGCUUUUAAAAAAAAUUAAAGAUACCUUCUUACUCCCUCUCACAGGAACGCAUUAACGCAUGACUAUGAUUUAAUAUCCUCUCACUGGAACACAACAAACUCAUGUAUAUGAUCUAAUACUCUCUCACAGGAAGUGAAAAAACAAACUCAUGACUGUGACUUAAUACUCUCUCACAGGAACACAACAAACGUAUGUCUAUGAUGGCUACUAUGGACGAGAUGCCAUUUGGGCCCGACGUGUUACAGAUAAAACACAGCCACAGAGAACCCAUUGUCAGGAUUGCAUUCAUGCCAACCGUUGACCCAAUCAGCAAACAUGUCGACUGGAGCUUCGGUAACUCACUGCAGGGAUAUCAGCUCUGGAGUCAAUCUUUCUAUUUUCCUGGAUCCUUUUUUUUCCCAGAUAUUAAUCUUCUUAUAGUUAUAAAGAUUUAUUUUUUUUAAAAAACACGCAAAUCUCCUUAAAUUGUCUAGGCAUCAUGUUCAAUUUCUGAGAUUCAAAAUCACAACAGCGACAACCAUUACAGUUAAAGUUUUGUGACUUAACGCAUGUGUUCAUUUCAUAACAUGCAUGCAGUAAGGGAAUUGAUUUUUUUUUAGAAGAAUUGAUAGUUGAAAUAGCUUACAUUUUAAGAAUUCGUUCUCGAAAAAUCAAUUUUCAAAGCGAUUUCUAAGAACAAAAAUUGACAUGGAAUAAACGUUAUAAGUAAAUCUAAAUCUCUUAUUCAUAUACAAUAACAGUUAAUCUAAAUCUACUAUUUAUAUGCGACAUCAGUAAAUCUACCAUUUAUUUACAAGUUAUUUAUCAGUAAAUCAAAAUCUACUAUUGAUAUAACUGUUAGAUUUUGUUUAAAUUUUGUCUGCAUAAUCUUUGAUAUAAUCUAUCGCGAUCAGAUCAAAAUCUUUCCGACACUAUGGUAUGAGAGUGAGACAGUGCAAAACGGGCAGGUUGGGAUAUAAAAGAAAAUGAUCACUUGAGAUCAAAAAAAGAUACCCCUACGUGUACUGUCCCCAUUCCCAGGCAAGUACAUGGUGCUGAGCAGAGAAGGGCUGAUGUCCGUGUGGUCAACAAAGAUGAAGUUGCAGAGCUACAACAACCUGGUCCCCAAAACUUUCACUGACGGGGGCUGGUACAUAGAGAUGGCAUGCAUGUACCACAACGGGUUUAUCUGCAUCGCCACCACGGG